CUUUCUUCUCGACCACCAAAAAGUUGCUGGCGCAGUUUUCGGCAUCUUUCGCAUUCGCUUUCUCAGAAUACGACCACGAACAGCUACUCGUCUGCCUUUUCUCCAGGUUCUUUUGUAUAUUAUUCUUUACCUGUAUUUCUUCCAUGGCUUUUUGACUGGCGUCUUGGUUGCUUCGUCUUUCACCAUGCGAGUGCGCAUACCUCCCAGCUCUUCUGCACUUUUGCAACCAUCCGUUCCUGUCCGAGCAUCGACAGCUUCAGUACCAGCUAUUUGUCCAUGGUGCUUGACCCGAUCACAUAGCUCUCGGGCUCGACAGUCAAAACGACACUUUUCAUCGUCUCAACAAAAUGCCUCGGCAUGGGCAGCCGCAGUCUCGAAGAUCCAAGCUACCGUCGCCGAUGUCUUGCCCUCGUCCGGAUCCUCGAACGCGACCAGUAAUGUCACCAUCGAUCCUCUCAAGCUUGUGGCACAAGAACUCAAGUUCCUGAACAAGAACAUCCGCCAGUUAUUGGGUUCGGGCCAUCCAGUCCUCGCCACAGUAGCAAAAUAUUACACCCAGAGCGAGGGCAAGCAUGUGCGCCCGCUGCUGGUAUUGCUCAUGGCUCGAGCGACCGCCUUUGCCGCAAAACAACCACGCUACGAAUCCCAAAGCCUCUCCCGGUCGAGCAUUGACACGCCGAUAUCUUCACCUACAGUUUUGUAUGACAACAACCCUGAUCAGGCGUCGGUCUCUGAGCCUACCUCCCCACUCACAUCCACAUCCAACGAAACCUACGCCUUCCCGGACGACGCAUCCAUUCUUCCCUCGCAGCGUCGCCUGGCCGAAAUAACAGAACUCAUCCACACCGCCUCCCUACUACACGACGACGUAAUUGACCAUAGUACCACCCGCCGCUCCGCUCCUUCUGCCAACACCACCUUUGGGAACAAAAUGGCCGUGUUGGCCGGUGAUUUCAUGCUUGGCCGGGCAUCUGUGGCUCUGGCCCGUCUUCGAGAUCCCGAAGUGGUUGAACUUCUCGCCACGGUGAUUGCAAACCUCGUCGAGGGCGAAUUCAUGCAGCUCAAGAACACCGCCAGCGACGAGUCCAACCCCAAGUGGAAUGAGCAGGCCAUCACAUACUACUUGCAAAAAACAUAUCUCAAAUCAGCCAGUCUAAUAAGCAAGAGUUGUAGGGCAGCUGCAAUCCUGGGACAAUGUGCGCCCAGUGUCGUUGAGGCCGCAUACCAGUACGGCAAGAACCUCGGCCUGGCGUUCCAGCUUGUGGAUGAUAUGCUUGAUUAUACGAUCAGUGCUGGAGAGCUGGGCAAGCCGGCGGGAGCAGAUCUGGAGCUAGGCCUUGCAACCGCACCACUCUUGUUCGCCUGGAAGGAUCGACCGGAGCUAGGCUUGCUCGUGGGACGCAAGUUUGCCAAAGAGGGCGAUGUGCAGAGGGCACGAGAACUCGUCUUGCAAUCUGAUGGUCUUAAGCAAACCAGAGCCCUCGCCCAAGAAUAUGCGGACAAGGCUAUAAGUAGUAUUAGCUUCUUCCCACCUGGCGAGGCCAAAGACGGCCUUGAAGAGAUGUGCGUCAAGGUGAUGAAGAGGAGGAAAUGAAUGUACAUUUCAUGCAUGGUGUACCUGCUUUGCCAAGGAUUGUAGAAUUGUAUUAGACCAACUGAUUCUCAUAGAGCACAAUAACAUGUGCAUUGGCGUGUGGAUAUUACUACAAAUCAUGUCGUAUCUGGCAGAAGAUGUAACGACUUGCCGGAAUGAACCUCCUAUAUGCUACGUGGAGCGAAUAAAAAUAAACGACUUGCAAGCCACUGGGC